AUGAAGAGACCAACAGGACGCAGAGACCAACAGGGCACAGAGACCAACAGGCCACAGAGACCAAUAGAACACAGAGACCAACAGGACACAGAGACCAACAGGACACAGAGACCAACAGGCCACAGAGACCAACAGGACACAGAGACCAACAGGCCACAGAGACCAACAGAACACAGAGACCAACAGGCCACAGAGACCAACAGGCCACAGAGACCAACAGGGCACAGAGACCAACAGGACACAGAGACCAACAGACCACAGAGACCAACAGACCACAGAGACCAACAGGCCACAGAGACCAACAGACCACAGAGACCAACAGACCACAGAGACCAACAGACCACAGAGACCAACAGAACACAGAGACCAACAGGCCACAGAGACCAACAGGCCACAGAGACCAACAGGCCACAGAGACCAACAGGCCACAGAGACCAACAGGCCACAGAGACCAACAGGCCACAGAGACCAACAGGCCACAGAGACCAACAGGACACAGAGACCAACAGGCCACAGAGACCAAUAGAACACAGAGACCAACAGGACACAGAGACCAACAGAGCACAGAGACCAACAGGGCACAGAGACCAACAGGCCACAGAGACCAACAGGCCACAGAGACCAACAGGACACAGAGACCAACAGGACACAGAGACCAACAGAGCACAGAGACCAACAGGGCACAGAGACCAACAGAACACAGAGACCAACAGGGCACAGAGACCAACAGGGCACAGAGACCAACAGGGCACAGAGACCAACAGGACACAGAGACCAACAGGACACAGAGACCAACAGGACACAGAGACCAACAGGCCACAGAGACCAACAGGCCACAGAGACCAACAGGACACAGAGACCAACAGGACACAGAGACCAACAGAGCACAGAGACCAACAGGACACAGAGACCAACAGGCCACAGAGACCAACAGGACACAGAGACCAACAGGCCACAGAGACCAACAGAACACAGAGACCAACAGGCCACAGAGACCAACAGGCCACAGAGACCAACAGGGCACAGAGACCAACAGGACACAGAGACCAACAGACCACAGAGACCAACAGACCACAGAGACCAACAGGCCACAGAGACCAACAGACCACAGAGACCAACAGACCACAGAGACCAACAGACCACAGAGACCAACAGAACACAGAGACCAACAGGCCACAGAGACCAACAGGCCACAGAGACCAACAGGCCACAGAGACCAACAGGCCACAGAGACCAACAGGCCACAGAGACCAACAGGCCACAGAGACCAACAGGCCACAGAGACCAACAGGACACAGAGACCAACAGGCCACAGAGACCAAUAGAACACAGAGACCAACAGGACACAGAGACCAACAGAGCACAGAGACCAACAGGGCACAGAGACCAACAGGCCACAGAGACCAACAGGCCACAGAGACCAACAGGACACAGAGACCAACAGGACACAGAGACCAACAGAGCACAGAGACCAACAGGGCACAGAGACCAACAGAACACAGAGACCAACAGGGCACAGAGACCAACAGGGCACAGAGACCAACAGGGCACAGAGACCAACAGGACACAGAGACCAACAGGACACAGAGACCAACAGGACACAGAGACCAACAGGCCACAGAGACCAACAGGCCACAGAGACCAACAGGACACAGAGACCAACAGGACACAGAGACCAACAGAGCACAGAGACCAACAGGACACAGAGACCAACAGGCCACAGAGACCAACAGGACACAGAGACCAACAGGGCACAGAGACCAACAGGACACAGAGACCAACAGGCCACAGAGACCAACAGGACACAGAGACCAACAGGCCACAGAGACCAAUAGAACACAGAGACCUACAGAACACAGAGACAAACAGGACACAGAGACCAACAGGCCACAGAGACCAACAGGCCACAGAGACCAACAGGACACAGAGACCAACAGGACACAGAGACCAACAGGCCACAGAGACCAACAGGCCACAGAGACCAACAGGGCACAGAGACCAACAGGGCACAGAGACCAACAGGGCACAGAGACCAACAGGACACAGAGACCAACAGGACACAGAGACCAACAGGACACAGAGACCAACAGGCCACAGAGACCAACAGGCCACAGAGACCAACAGGACACAGAGACCAACAGGACACAGAGACCAACAGAGCACAGAGACCAACAGGACACAGAGACCAACAGGCCACAGAGACCAAUAGAACACAGAGACCUACAGAACACAGAGACAAACAGGACACAGAGACCAACAGGCCACAGAGACCAACAGGCCACAGAGACCAACAGGACACAGAGACCAACAGGACACAGAGACCAACAGGACACAGAGACCAACAGGACACAGAGACCAACAGGACACAGAGACCAACAGAGCACAGAGACCAACAGGGCACAGAGACCAACAGGACACAGAGACCAACAGGACACAGAGACCAACAGGCCACAGAGACCAACAGGCCACAGAGACCAACAGGCCACAGAGACCAACAGGCCACAGAGACCAACAGGCCACAGAGACCAACAGGCCACAGAGACCAACAGAACACAGAGACCAACAGAGCACAACAGGACACAGAGACCAACAGGGGGGUGGCGGGGGUGCUAA